CUGGAAGUGACGUAACCAAUCGGCAAGUGUGCCUGUGUUCUGCGAGAGGCUCUCCAGCUUAUAAACGCAAAAAUGCAUUUUAAAUGCAUUUUAAAAAAAAUUACCUCUCGAUAUAUUCCGUAAAGCGUGUAGGCGGACGGUAAUUCAAUCGUACGGAUGAUCAGCCAACGUUUAAAACUCAACUACCGUCGUUGUAGGCGCCAUUGGGUUAAAUCAUAAUUUACACUCAUAGAAAUAUUCGUUAGACGUUCAACGGGACGGUGGAAUUUGAUUUUUCCUCUCGCGACUCGGUUUUACGUUAGAAAAAUUAGUCUGUAGUGAAAGAAAUGUACACGUUAAUGUCCAUGGCUGUCCACGGAAGAAAAUUCGUAUUCGUUAUUAAAUUACGGAAUUGAUUUCACCGACGUGCUCUUACCUCUGCGGAAACCUUUCAAUGCUACACAAUCUCAUUAGCGUCAUAAAACAAAUUUACAUUCUGCGAUAGAGCAGAAUUUUCUUGAAUUUAGUGUACCCUUAAUCCUUUAUGUUGCGCAGAAGUAGCACGAUACGUGAAAUGAAAAACAUUGUACACGGUUACUUUCUGCGUUAACGGAGCAGUAAAAUAAAACACCAGUUCAGAGAUAUAUCGAAUUAAGAUAGAUCUUUCGCAUUGAGGACGAAUCAAACUUAGAGAAGAUACAUUUCAAUUGAAAAAAAUAAUUGAAAACUUGAAUAUAUAGUAAUCCAACUUUUCUUGUCAGGAUAACCAAUAUAAUAAAAUAAAUUACUAUUAAAGAUGGAGAUUAUCGUAGUAGAUGAUUACACGUGACACGCACCGCAUAAAAUGCUUAUAUACAGUGACCUUGUUUAGAAAGAAAUGUGCAAUUGUUAUAUAGGUAAAGUACUUAGCGUUUUAUAAAUAUUACGUUUUGAAAACUCUAAAAAUGUUGUUCACGGUAAAUCACGGUGGAUGACUUGCUCGUCGCAGUUGUCGAAACACGACCAACUACUACCUAUUCACGGUUGUUUGAAUGUGUGUACUAAUAGAAGUUGUUCUAACUUGUAAUUCGUGCUUCAGCAAAAAUUAAUUUUAGUGUACUUAAAAUAAAACUCCUUAAGUUUUUCUAACAAAAACACCUAAAAUGUCUGGGAAAGAGCGAAACUUGUUACUAAUAGUUUGGAAACAUUUCGUCGCUUCUUUAAAACCAUCAAGUGUACAACGUUCCAAAUUGAUAGGUGAAGAUUAUUAUGGUACAAAGUAUUAUGAAAGUACCUCUGCACGAAGAAAAAACGCUCGUUAUUUUAUACCGGUAAACAAAGAGGAUUUCGAGCAAGAAAUACCUGUGGAAUGGGAGUCUUGGUUAAGAUAUCGCAGGAGAGAUCCACCUACCGAAGAAGAAAUAAAAAAGAAUUACGAUAUAGCAAUGAUGAAGAAAGAAAAAGCCGCAGAAAUAGCAGUUAAAUUUGGAACUGAUAAAACACCCGAGGCACUUCCUGCAGGAAAGGGACAAGAAUCGUUUCCCAAAUACGAGGAAUAUACAGAGAAACCGAAAUAACGAUGUUAACAGUUCUAGUAGUAACUAAUUUAACAUCAUCUGAUCGUGUACAGAUGUAAUUAACUCAUUUAGUAAUUAAAACCAAUAAAAAUAUGUAGUAAAUAUGUACAAAUUUUAUUAUAACAUAUAUUUGUAUUAUGAUGUAUAAUUUAUGUAUUUAUUGUUUGUAUGAAGUAUAGUCUAUAUGUAAAACAAUUUAUUAUAUCCUACGUUUCUAUACAUAUACAUUUAGGUAUUUUAUUGUGUAUAUCAUCAAUUGUACCUUCAAAACAUAGUAUUGAUGAAUCGACGCGAUAGGAAAUCAGUAUUGAAACUAUUUAUAUAAAUGGAAUAUCCUUCUCCUUACAGAACUUCGAUGAUUACGAUUGAAAUUUGAGCGCUUUAAUAAGUAUAGUGAUUUCCAUGUUUCUUCUGGAUAUCUUCUACAAAGUAUCGAAACUGUGUUUCAAUUAAUACACCAAUUUCAAACUUAAAUCCUGUGGUACAAAAAUUAAAAUCUAAACCUCGGUUUAUUUAAUAAAAAAACAAAAAAAAUAAAACAGACAGUAAUGUUAGAAGUCUGUAAGAAAUAUGUAGUACUUCAGGCGAACAGAAGUACGAAACAUCAGUCAACAG